GCCAACUUUCUUGCUCUUUGCCCCAGCAGCAAGCAGCAGCAGCAGCAGCAGCAGCCCUCCUUCCUUCGCUGCCUUUGCUGGGCUCCGGGAAAGAAGGAAGGAAGGAAGGAAGAUAGAAAGAGAAGAAGGAGAAAGAGAAGGAGAAGAAGGAGAAAGAGCAGGAGCCAGAGGCGAGAGGGAUGGGUGGGGCCGGGCGGAGGGGCAGCGUUUGGCUCUGAAGGGAGGAAAGAAGGAAAGAGAAAGAAAGAAAGAAAGAAAGAAAGAAAGAAAGAAAGAAAGAGAAAGAGAAGAGGGAGCCAUGAGUUCGGUGUGGAAGCGGCUGCAGCGCGUGGGGAAGCGGGCGGCCAAGUUCCACUUCGUGGCCUGUUACCAGGAGCUGGUGGUGGAGAGCACCAAGAAGUGGCAGCCGGACAAACUGGUGGUGGUCUGGACCCGAAGGAAUCAGCGCAUCUGCUCCAAGGCCCAUGGAUGGCAACCAGGGAUCAAGAACCCGUACCGGGGCACCGUGGUGUGGAUGGUUCCAGAAAACGUGGACAUCAUGGUGACACUUUAUCGGGACCCCCAUGUGGAGGAGUAUGAGGACAAGGAGUGGACCUUCGUGAUCGAAAAUGAAUCGAAAGGGCAGCGAAAAGUCCUGGCGUCGGCAGACGUGAACCUCAAGCGCUUUGCCAGCCCAACGCCGACGCAAGUGGACCUGAAGCUGAAGCUGAAGCCACGUUCGGUGAAGGUGGUGGCGGCCACGCUCCAGCUCACCCUCUCCUGCGUCUUCCUGCGAGAAGGGAAAGCCACGGAUGAGGACAUGCAAAGCCUUGCCAGCCUGAUGAGCGUCAAACCCUCGGACAUCGGCAACCUGGAUGACUUUGCGGACAGCGAGGAAGAGGCGGCAGCGGACGAAGCCCCCAAACUGGGGCAGAAAGAAGAUGGCGUGGGUGCGGAAGCCCCUGCUAAAGGAUUCCUCAAAAACGUCUUGACGGACCCUUUUCCAGACACUUCACGGGAUUUGAACACUUUGGCAGAAGAAGAGGAGGAUGCGUCUUCCCAGAGCGCAAGUCAAGUCGGAUCAGCAAUGGCUGCUUCUUCCAGACCCUUCAAGAAAGAAACCCUUCAAGCAGCCAUUACAGAAGCCCCCAAGCCAGCAGCUGAUGUUGUCAACGGCGGUGGCAAAGUCCUCCAUCCCGUGGCCCCUGUGGACACCAUGGCGGCCCCCUUUGCAGUAAGUGGUGCAGAGUGCAGUGGGACAAUGGGGCACAGAGGGGCAAGUGGUGGAUGGCCAGGAGAAGCCGCCUGCAUCCCGAGAGAGCUGGGCACCACGUGGAACCAUGCAAUGGGAACGUCUGCAACAUUGGCACAGGUGGGGGUCGGAGAGAAGGCAGAAGGAAAGGAUCCUGCGCUGCUGUGGGGGCCGCCAACAUCAUCGAGUGGCACAGAAGAUCGGUCUGCUGAUAUCUGGAAACCCAGGGAGCAGAACCCCCUUUGUGCACCGCCGAGGAAGAGGGGUCCCAUCAAAGGACCUGCGGGGCCCCCGGAUGCAUCCUUGUUGCCGUCGUUCGCACCCGAAGCCCCCCCUGUGCCAAAACGCAGGCUGGAGAGGAUGCCCACACCCUCAGAAGACAUGUUCCCUGUGGCAGAGGUGGCCCUACCUGUGAAGAACAGCUCUCACUGUAUCACUGUUCCUGUUGCCCCUAGUAGUCCUGGAAAAGAAUGCUUGGGGGACAACUUCAUAACAGAAACAUCCUCCUCUCCCUGCCAUGGCCCCGUGGUGAUGUAUUUUAUGGAGGACGCAGCCCUUGCUGAACACAAACCUGUUGUUACCACCAUUGAAGCAGGGUCUUCCUCGGACGCAGCUUUCCUGGCCUUGUCUCCGGUUGUGAGGCCAGUCCCCAUUGUGCAGACCUUUGCAGAGGUGACCAUUGGUGGCCUCCACCAUGUACAAGAAGAUGAGGCAGCAUUAGAAGUAGCUCCUACGUUGGCGCAUGGUAGCGCCCAGGUGGACCUGGCAGAAAUGAAGCUGGGGGAAGGUGGUGAAGGGUUGGUAUGGCCUUCUGGAGAGGGACUAGUAGUACCCUUGGUUGACCCGCCAAGGGAUGGGAUGGAUGAGGAUCAGUAUUUGGCCAAAGAGGGGAAGUCUGGAAGUGAGGUGAAGUUCAUGGUAGGAGAAACAUCUCCUCUGCAGCACCAAGCUGAACCAGAUAGGGAACAGGCUGAGGAUGAAGCCAGGCAGGAAACCUACGGAGUUAUGUCCGUGGAAGAAGCUUGGUUAUCAACCCCUCCAGAAGCCCGUCCUAAACAGGAAGAAUGUGGAAUGAAGGGUGAAGCAGACGUGGAAAGUUGCGAGGCCUCUGAGUUGCCUGAAGGCACAAUCCCACCAAAAGAUCUCUCCGUAGAUGUUCCAGAAUUAGAGUGGGAACAAAGGAUGGUAGGACAGGAGGUAGUAGACAGGAACAGCCUUCUCAUUUUGGAAGAGCCCCUUCUUCCAUUGCUUCCUACAGAAAACGGCAGGGAAGAGGUGGCAGAAGGGAGUAUUGUGGAGAUGCCAUCUCCUGCCCUCGAUGCCCCACCUGGUCCGGAAGAUCAGAAGGAAACAGCAGAUGAAAGAGCCACUUCUGAGAGCAAUCUCCCAAAUAUUUUAGAAGCACAGAUGGUUUUGGAACUGGAAAAAGGAGUUCUUUCAGAACUGGAGAACGCAGAGUCAGGCAAUGGAGGUGAUGUGGAUGAGCAGAAAAGCUCUGGAGGCAACGUAGAGAAGAUGGCAGAAGAAGCACCUUCCGGAGUGGAGAUGUUUGCUUCAGAGGAGCGAUUGGAGCAAGGCGAAGAGGAAGGAGACAGAAAGGACUUUUUGGAAAAUGUUUUGGAGACCACAGCAGGAGAUGCACAUGAAGUGGACCAGGAUAAGAAUGCCAAAGCUUUGGGUCUACACUUAGCAGAGAGUGGUACCCUCAGCCUGACAGGGGCAGAGACUGGCCAAGAGGGGACAGAAAACCACAGCUGGUCUGGUAUAAGAGAAGAGGGAUCUCAUUUACCACCUGAGAACAAAGAGCCACUGAGAGCUUUGUCUUCACUGAGCCCCGUAUCACCCCAGGAUCCUGCCCCACCUCUCCCAGCUCCCCGUACCCUCAAGGAACGGCGUGCCAAUCCCUGCCAGGAAGCACCAAUGCUGAGCCCCGUGUCCCGUGGUGGAGAUGGGGCCGGUACCCAAGGGGAUGCCCAGGUUGACUCCCCCACCAGCCCAGCACUUGUGAGUUCCAGCCAGUCCUUGCUGGAAUGGUGUCAGGAGGUGACAGCUGGCUACCGGGCCGUCCGGGUCACCAACUUCACAACGGCUUGGCGCAACGGCUUGGCGUUCUGUGCCAUCUUGCAUCACUUCCAUCCAGACAAGAUCAAUUACGAAGGCCUAGAUCCCCUGGAUAUCAAACAGAACAAUAAGCUGGCUUUUGAUGGUUUUGCCUCUCUGGGUAUCUCUCGGGUCAUGGAUCCCGCCGACAUGGUUUUCCUGACUGUUCCCGAUCGGCUGAUCGUCAUGACAUAUCUCUGCCAAAUCCGGGCAUUUUUCACUGGCCAGGAACUCAACGUGGUCCAGCUUGCCAGCCAUACUAGCCAAUCCACCUACAAAGUGGGCAAAUUCGACACGGACUCCUCCAGUUCUCUCGAUCCCGCUGCUUUCUAUUCCCAGCACCUUCAAACUGCAAAUUCUCAAACACAACAGCCAGAGAAGGUGGACAUUGAGGACUCUGGGGUAGCAAAGACCUCGACCAUAGGAGACCAAAACCUGGAAGGGGAAGAUGCUACCCCUAAACAUCCUUCUGGGACGGACGAAAAGGCAAAUCUUGCAGAGGAUACUAGCAAUGAACCCAUAACAGAGGACAAGGGAGGAAAAGACAGCAAUAUUGACUCUUUGCAAACCAUCUCUGAGGUGGUGGACAGGACAGAAGCUGAUAGAAACAGAGAUCUUAAUGGUGGUGCUGCAAAGCCGGUUGAAGAACCUAUGUUGGGGUUCCUUAAAUCAGUGGAUUAUAAAGCAGAGGACACAAAGGCUUUGGCUGAGAGUACUCCAAAUACUCAGUCUUUGCUCAAAGACUCUAUGAUAGAGGCCCCAAAACCUGAUGGGGAUGCAUCUAUUAAUGGCGCCAUGGCCAGUUCAGCCAUGGAACAAGGGGCAGAUGUUUCGACCCAGGUAGAUUCUGGGACAGAGACUGGGAAAACAGUGACUAAUGGAACUGCAACCAGUCCAAGCGUGGAGCAGAAAGGAGAGCUCUCCAUGGAGGACAGAGCGGAUGCCGUAAAGGCAGAUGAGAAGGUUUUGGCAAACGGUGGCACGGCGGUCGCUCCAGCCACAGAGCCAGGGAAUGGGAAGCCAUCGGUCAUCAGCAAUGAGAAGCUGGUUGCUCCGCCACGGCUGAAGCGAAUGGCCUCUCGAGGCAGCAUCGAACGCCCUUUGCAGCGUGCCCUCUCCGUAGGAAGCCAGGGUCCGGUGGCUCCGCCGCGUUCUCACGCUGCCAAGUCCACCUUCGCUCACGUCCGCGAUGCAGACUUGGUGAAGAAGCGGCGUUCGCGGCUCAAGAGCGAGUCCCUGUCGAUGGAUGAGGCGGACGCAGUUGGCCCUUCGGAGGAUCCUGCUAAAAGGCUGGCUGCUGACAAUGGUUGUGAGGAGGAAUCAAGACCCCGACAAGGAACUGCAAAGAUGCAACAGCAGCCGCCGCCGCCGCCAGCAUCUCCGACGGCUGCCUCCCAAGAACCUCCCCAGGACCCCAGCCUCAAGAACAGCACCAACGAAGAGGAGAUCCCAAAAUUCCAAGACACCAGCCAGUAUGUGGUUGCCGAACUCCGGGCUUUGGAGAACGAACAGAGGCAGAUCGAUGGGCGAGCGGCCGUGGUGGAGAAGGAGCUGCGGGGUCUGAUGGAAUCGGGCACAGACAAACUAAGAGAGGAGGAAUUGAUCCAGGAAUGGUUUACUCUGGUGAAUAAGAAGAACGCUUUGAUCCGGCGGCAGGACCAGCUACAGUUGCUGAUGGAAGAGCAAGACCUGGAGAGGAGGUUUGAGCUUCUCAGCCGGGAGCUGAGAGCCAUGAUGGCCAUCGAAGACUGGCUCAAGACGGAAGCCCAACAGCAGCGUGAGAAGCUCCUACUGGAAGAACUGGUGUCACUGGUCAACCAGAGGGAUGAGCUGGUCAGAGACCUGGACAUCAAGGAGAGGAUAGCCCUUGAGAAGAACUAGGCUCGAGAGGGGGCCUGCAACAGAGACGCCGAAAGCUCAGCCGCAAGGACAAGUGCCGCGUCAGCUGAGGGGGGAUUCAGCAAUGUCCCCCUUCUCCCCGCCACCAUUACCACCAGUGCCCUGUCUUGCGCGAACUGGCCGAGGGCACCUAAUGCCAGCACUUCACCCCCCUUCCCCAAUCCGCCUUCAAAAGGACACUUGCACGCCACAGUGCUGCCUCUGUUGUUGGUGCACCUUGUUGCCCGCAAUCUUCGGUGGCAUGCGCAAGCCCGCCUUACGCUUGGGUAUGUACAGUAUUUCUUGGGUUGCUGGUAUUCUCUUCCUUCCUUUGCAACAUCUGAAUCCCCUUGCCGGACUCACUGCUGCAAUGCAAUAUGUCCUUCCCGUCCGCCUGUUAAGUUUCUUAUGGAGAAUCGAAAGGAUCAGAGAAGCGUCUGUCUCUGUGUUGCCAAAGCAAGAUGCAAACCAGUGACAUUAUCUGCUGGAAUCUCCAGGAACAUGUCUAUAUGGACAAACUACUCCAAAAUCUCCCCAAGUUGGCUGCAUCCCGCUUGCACAACGCAGGGCAAAACCCUGAAUCGGGUGCAGACUGUCUUCAUGAUACUUGCACCCAGUUUGGGGCUUCCUUUCCCCUAACCUGCCUUUUGUUGCAGGAUUUCAUCUCUUUGCGGCAAUGGUAGUGGCUUCCUUCAUUCACAGUCCUUACAAGCUGCCCUCCAUGGUUGCCAGUGGCUUUGGGUUCAGAAUGAGGUGCCCAGCACUGAUAACAAAGCUGGACACCCAAUUUUGACCCUGGAAGACAACCACCCAUCAUUCGCUGCAAGAGAUGAAAAUGCUCAGCAAAAAAGAGCUGGUAGGGAGAAUUUGGUGCCAGAAUAUUCUGGGGGCAUCCUAAAGUAUUCUGGCUCAAGCACACCCUCUUAACAUUUCACAGAUAAAAGCCAGGACUCCAGUAGGCAAGCAAUAUCCGAGCCAGAUGACAAAAAGGUCUUAAAUAGGGAGAAUACACCAUCUAAGAAAGGGUUGCCGCAGUUUGCUUUUGCUUGAACUUAUGGGCAGGGCAAGGUGCCACCUCUGCCAAGCCAUUCCUCCCCGCAGGGUUAACUGGGCACCAGUUAAUUUUGCACUUUGAGCCCAGUUUGUAGCAGUUGAAGUAAAGGGAGGACUAAAGGGGGAGGAAGAGAGAGAAACCGGGACAUUUUAAAACCAGUUGAAAAAGUGGGAAGGCAGAGGAUUAAAUGGGGACUGUUGCUGCCAAACCAGUUUGGAGAGUAACUGAUAUACUCAACUAUAAGUCGACUUCAUGUAUAAGUCGAGAGAAGAUUUUGGGGCCAAAAUGAUGGAUUUUGAUAUGACCCACGGACAAGUUGAGGGUAAAACUUGAAGGAUGUUCUUGUUUCAGCAGCAAAUGUCCUCAUUUUGCAUCUGCCGACUUAACCGGAUGCUUCACUGACCCUCCCAAUUCUCCAUCACAUUGUCAAAGAAGAGGGGAUUACAAGACGGCGGUCAGUUUUGGGGGCGAUGACCGGGGAGCACUCUUUAAGUUGCCCACAUCCAUCUAGGAUUUUGAACAUUACCUGCUUUUCUCUUCGUGCCAAAGAGGGGUCUUUUCCUUUCCAGUGCAGACGUGACUGAUUUGGGGUUCUCUCACCCCUUCCUCAUUUCCAUGCCUUCCCCAGAGAGACGGCUUUGGGUGGCAUUUUAAAGGGCAGUGCCCACGGACUCUGGAGCGGGACUAGGAACCUGCCUUUAAAAAACAAACCGCUCUCCAAAUAUUAGGAAUUAUUUAUUUGCGUGUGUGCGUGCGUGUGCAUGGUGUUGUUCGAAACCUGAGUUUUGGAAAACGGGUGCCGCUGCCUCUCCUGUUUCAAAGAACGCUUCCAAGGGCUCUCUUUCUCCUUUUAUUUCCUAGCGACCCGUUUUAAUGCCCCCUUUCCUGGUACAAAUGCCACCAAGUGCCUUGAAACGCAACAGCGGCCAAGUUUAGGUUCCUAAGUUUGCAAAGACCCCGAAACAAACCCUAGCCCCCCCUUUCCUGGUUAUUUGCACUAAAUUUGUACCGGAGUUUGAAAUAAAUGUCUCAAAAAGGCGCACAAGGUGUGAGAAAGUGGUGGUGGGUAUAAACGCACAACUUUGACGAAAUCUUGGUUUGCAGAACAAGCCGGCGAUCGGAGAACCUAUUUUGAAGGUAAGGCUUUUCUUGCCAGUCCAAUUGUUCUUUAUUAUAAUACUCCUGGAGGUUGGGGAAGGUUGCUUUAGUUGUUUAAAAAGUUACUUCUAGCGGCUGAAAAAGUCCACAUGGCACACCCCAAAAGCAAACACCAGGAUCAUUUCUUAAGCACACUUGCCUGGAAAAACAAUUGUGUUGAUGCACUGCCAAAAGAAGAGGACAUGGGUUUGCAUUAAAUGGGCAUAUUCUUGUUUUAUGGCCAGGAUUCUGGAUACUUAGGCUGCAGAAUUAAUGCAGUUUGACGCUGCUUUGACUGUCACAGCUCCAUCCUAUGGACUCUUUGGAUUUGUAGUUUGCAUUGGCUCUGGCAGAGAAGGCGAAGUAUCACACAAGACUACAAAUCCCAGGUUUCCGUAGCAUGCCCUCCAUUUGGAGCAUGACUAAAGAGCAUAAGUUUGUACAUUUGGCCCUCUGUAGCCACGGAUUCCUUAUCAAUGGAUUCGACCGUUCAUGCAUUGAAAAUAUUCAAUACAAAUUGCAAAAUGCAAACCUUAAUUUUACUACAUCAUUGUAAAUAACGGGACUUGAGCAUCCAUGGGCUUUGGUCCCGGAACCAAACCCCAGUGUAUACCGAGAACCCAUUGUGUUUCUAUGAGCGUUUUCAGCUUUCCUUUGGUCAUGUCCUACGUUUUUCUUUAAUGCCCGACACUUUGCGGUACCCAGCUUUCCUUUGCUGUCGUGGCACCUGGUCCAAAAGCGAAGGUCCAGUGAGAUAUCAUACAAACAGUUUUGCCAGCCCUGUUUUCAAGAUGGAGGAAAACUGGUUCUUCGUGGCUUCUUCGCCCUCUACUUACCCUUGCGACGCUUCCCAAGUCUGUAACUUUCCUCGGAGACUGGCAAUGGUCUAUUUUGGCACGGCAUCCGGGACGGUGCCAGUUUGGGGCGGCAGCAAUAGCCCACUUUCCCCCCGUUCCUCAACUGGGCAAGGCUGGUUCCACGGGUCCAUUUAGGAAAGCAUUUCCAGACGCUUCGGUCAAGGCAAGCUGGUCCCGGCUCACGAUUUCCAGGCGGUCGUCGUUGUCUUCUUCUGGAGGAGAGGAUCCGGACGCAGGAGCGAAAUAUUGGAGAACCGCGCGGAUUUCUUGCAACCGGUAAGCCGUCUCCAGCGCCACAAGCAUGGCUAGCAAGCCCACAAGUAAGUAGCCUAGAAUUGGAAGAUAAAAGUCAAUGUUGAAGGAGGAGAUGCCUUUCCUUGCUAAAAUCUUCCAAGUCUAAUGGUUUUAAGUAUUGGACUUCAGGAGACCAAGGUUCAAAUGUCCCCUCAGCCAUGGAAACCCACUGAGCAGCCUUGGUCACACUCUCUCAGCCUCAGAGGAAGGCAAUGGCAGACCCCCUCUGAGCAAAUCUUGCCAAAAAACCCCAUGAUAUGUUCACUUUAGGGUUGCCGUAAGUCAGAAAUGAAGGCACCCAACAACUAUUUGAGGUCUGAAAUGUGGUGUAAUAAUCUGAGUGUUGGACUAAGACUCAGGAGACCAGGGUUCAAAUCCCUGUUCACUUAUGGAAACCCAUUAGAUCACCUUGGACAAGUUGCGUUCUAUUGGAGGAAGGCAAUGGCGAACCUCCUCUGGAGAAGUUUUGCCAAGAAAACCCUUGGAGAGGGUUGCUGUUGAGUCCGAGUUGACUUAAAACCACAUAACAACACACACAUACACACCACGUAACAACACGCACACAUACACAUACACACUCCAGAUAGACCCAACAUAAUAGUAGCUGGCGGGGACUUACAAGUGAUGCUGAGUUCGUACAACUCAUGGAGUGGUGACUCCAAACUCCCUUCGGGCACAUAGUCGCCCAAACCGAUGGUGCUGAGCGAGAUGAAGCAGAAAUACACCGACUCCAAGAAGGUCCAGUCCCCUUCCAAUGCCCAGAAGCAGAUGGCGGGGAUGAAGAUGAAAAGGCCAAGGGUCGCCAGCGCCAGGGUCACGGCGUGCGCCAGCGCCACAUGGGCAAGUGGUAAGCCCAGACGGGUGUGGAUGUAUUGGACAGGCCGCUCACUCACAACAGGCAUCAGGUGAUGGAGGAGUACAGCCAGGAACACGAGCGUGAAAGGGAUUCCCACCAAGGAGUAGAGGAUGCAAAAUAUCUUGCCCCACGGAGAGAGGGGCACUGUGUGCCCAUAACCUGCGGAGGGAUGAGAAACAAGGUAAGUUUAGAACUCGGAACCUGCGUCGAAUCAUAGGAAGAGACCCCAUUCUGCCAUGCUAAAAAUGCAAUCGUAAACUGCAAUGCAAAAUGUUUUUAAAAAGCUAUGCGCACCAACACGAAAUGCAGAAUAGAAUAAUGUUCGAGGGUUUGUAGUUUGGGGAGAGGCUUAGCUUUCUCCCGUCAAUGUUGUUCUGGUGCGCCGCCAAACGCACUGGAUGGAGCCAUGGCAGUUAAAGCAGCAUCGAAUUGCAUUAACCUUGCAGUCUGGCAGCGGCGCAUGACCGCGCAAACAGUCGGGUAUUUAUUUGAAGUAGGCGAAAGAGUGGCUGAUUCAUGCGCGACUAUCUUAGGCACGCCACCCAAAGAAGGUGGAGUGCUUCUCUGGUUUUGUGUGACUUCUCGUGACCACUAGGCUGCGGCGACCCAUUUGCCAGGCCUGAACACCGUGCAUUAAAGUUAAAACAAUGUUCCUGGGUACGCAUCGCUGGACUGGCGCAUGAGAAGCCAAAUAGUCACACUCUAUUCUUGUAUGGCGCCCAGUUCCUGGUCAUUCUUCUUUUCAAAAGGUCAUCUGUUCGAAAGGGAUUUGUGGUCGGGGGAACAGAAGCGGGUCCAAAAGGAAAGGGUUUUGGAAAUGUUUUUAUUAAUAAUAAUAAUAAAAAAUUUUUUAUUUUUAUACCGCCCUUCCAAAGAUCAGGGCGGUUGACAACAUAAAAUCAAUAAAUUUAUUGAUUUAAUGAUGUAGGAAAGCCCAAUAUUGCGGGAUUAAAGCGUUUGAAUGUUUUGAUAAGAAGGAAGGAUGGCAAAGUGUGCCAACCUUCUCCGAUUUCCUUGUUCCUCCAGACCUUAGUUUCAAUCUUUGCUCAACAGGAGAAAAGGGGAUCAAAAUGAAGAGUGAUAUACUUGGUUCAGCUAUGUUCGAGAAGGUUUAAUUAACUAAUUAAUCUCCUAAAGGGCCAUGUACAUUUAUGGCACUAUAUAAAUAAACACUAUUAUUAUUAUUA